AUUGAACACUUAGAUUUUAAAAAGGACAAAAAUGAAGCAUUUUUUCAGUUUCAUAGCAAAAACUCAAAUUUGACCGACCUAUCAGCCCCCAGCUCCACGUGGUCGUCAGGAAACCCUACACACCAGAGGUCAAAAACCUCGAAAAUCAAUACACAGUGUGUAUUAUCCAUCGGUGGGUAUAUACAACGCCCUUUUUUGCGGUCUCCCUGUGUUGUAUCGCUCGAAACGGAUCAAUGGCAACGGUGAAGUAUCUGCUGUUGUUAUUAUUCGUGGGAUAUGUUGGCCAAAUAGCCAGGGGAGACGCAGGGGUUGAAUCCCAAGAGCCCCAAACAAUUGUAGCAGAAAACCCUAAUCCUGCGCUGUUGAAGGAAUUGGAGAGUCUGAAGCACGAAGUAAAGAAACUCGAAGACAAGGCACAUUCUUUAGAAUCGACAAUUGAUGAGAAGAAUGAUGAGUUAAGGAAGAAGGACUCCACCAUUGCCGAAAAAGAGAAAUUUAUUGAAGAAAAUUCAAAAACUAUCAAUUCACUGCAAAAUGACAUCGAAGCAAUUCAGAAAAAAGGAGCAGGUGAUUAUGAAGCAGAGGCAACAAAGGCCUAUGUAAGGAUUGGUGAAUUGGAGAGACAGGUUGGCAAACUUGAACAAUCUUUAAGUCAGCAAAAGCAGAAGCGAGAAUCCUUAGAGUUGCAGUUGAGUGAAGCUGAGAGCAGAGCAAGAGAAUUUUCUGUAAAAUAUGAAAAGCUGCAAAAGGAUCUUGCUGAACAAAAGACCCGGGUGCAAAAAGCUGAGAAGGCUUUCAAGCUUGCUGAGACAAAAAUGCUUAAAGCUCAAGCAGAAGCUAAGCUGAAGGCAGAAGAGAUGAAUAAGGUUAUAAAUAACGAUCAAGGAGGGGACCUGACACACCCUGAUUUCUACAAUUCAAAUUGGUCCAACUUACAUUCAAUGAACAAGGUGCACGGAGCCUGGUUACCACCUUGGCUUGUAGUUCAUUUCGGUAAAUUUCAGGCAUUUGUAACAUCAUAUUGGGCAAGCCAUGUGAAGCCUGCUAUGGAUACUGUGCUGGAUAAGGCAUCAGAAAAGGCUGCUGCUGCUCAUGACUGGGUGAAGCCACAUCUUGAAACGACACAGACUUAUGUGCAUAAAUGGAGUCCUGUUGUGAAGGAGCAAUGGCAACAAGUCAUUGUUACAGUUGCACCACAUGUGGAGGUCUUUAAAGCCAAGGUAAUCAGCAGUUAUGAGGUUUCAUGGGAUAAGAUCAAUCCACAUCUCAUGAAGGCUGAGGAAUUUCUAAGGCCUCAUUUGCAGACUGUUAAGGAUCUUAGUGGCCCGUAUAUUGAUCAAGUUGCCUCUGUUUCACAACCACAUAUCGAUAAAGCUAAAGUUAUUUUACAACCAUACCAAGACCAAGCUAUUCAUGCCUAUCGGAGAUUUCUCACAACUGCAACAGACUACCACCAUCAGUUACAGGGCCAUGUGAGAAAAUCCUUAAAGAAGCACGAAAUUACAGCUGCUUUGGCUACCAAAGAGCUAGUGUGGUUUUUGGCAUCUGCACUGUUGGCUUUUCCUGUGCUGGGCCUGUUCAUGGUGUACUCCUCCUUUUUCAGCAGUAGGAAGGUUCGUAAAUCUGGUCGAAGCAGUCAUACUAGCAAUGCAAACAAGAAACAUAAGCGCAGGCAUGUUGACAAGUAAAUUGGGGAAAUUAGGUGGAUCUUUUCUGCAAUGUUGUUUUGUUGUAUAACUUAAGAUGUGUGGACUUGAAGAUCAGAAUCGUAGUUUCUGGAUUAAUCAAAGUGGCUUAUUGGAAAUGAUGUACUCAGAGAAGUUGGGAGCAUGUCAUUUUGAUUUAUUGCUUCUGCAAAUGAGGACUUUUAGUUUCUCGCAGCUCUGCAUUGCAUUUUUUAUUUCAUUGUAACGGUGAAAAGUUGAACUGUCUUCACGGCAUGAAAUGCAGCAGUGGGUUUGAAGGGCAUAACAGAUUCCGCUGCUUGUUUUUGCGUGUUCAUAUCAAGUGUUUAGUUUAACGAAGUCGGUAACAAGUUGAGAGAUAAUUCUUAUUACCUUAUGCUUUUUAUUUGGAUAAAGUUUUUUAAUGUUGUCAAGACUCAUUAUUAACUAAGCGGUAAGUUUAGCAGAACUUCAACUGUUCGGUGAAUAGGUGCAGAGGUGCCCUAAUCUAUUAUUGACUCUUACUCAUUGUAAAGAGAAUGGUCUUCUUUGAAUGUGUUCUAAGUUCUAUUAGCCACGGCUAGCUAGUUCUUCAUUAGGGGAUCUUGCCGCUAUUUUUGAAGAGAAUAUUUGGUAAAAUACUGCCCCAUUCAAGAACAAGUAGGAGACUCAACUGCAGAGGAAAACUACUGUGAUUUAUGAUAUACCGUAUAGCCAUUAAUGCAAACAAAUUUCAAUUGGUUAUUUUGAGUA